UAUUGUUGAUUAUGAGAAACCCGUUGUUGAUGAUGAGAUCGCCAACACUGAUACGUUUUCUUGUGUUCCGUCACGACAACGUGUUGAGAGUCCCAUUCGGGGAACUCUGGGUCACCCGCAAGAGAGACUUCUCCCUCAGCUUGUUGUACAGCAACACAUCGCCUACACUGCGACUUUGCGGUCCUGUGGCGGGAAUUCAGUUCUGGGUCCACGACGACUCGGGCCAGACCGUAUUCCCUCCCGGGGCCCCGCCAGGUCCUGUAUACGUCCCUGUAGUACCUGUCCAGCCUGGCUACGUGCCAGUGGGAGUUGCUCCUGUCCCUGCCCAACCCGGUUACGCUCCCGCCCAACCCGGUUACGCUCCCGCACCACAACCUGGUGUUAUACCCAGCAACCCUCAACACACAUACACGAAUUUUCCCAAGAAAAGUGCGGCGGUGAUUUCGCAUCCCCUUCAAUGCCUUCUAGUACCUGUUCUUAUGAUUGCAGUAUUUUGGAUUAUUUAAUUGUUUUAGUUGAUUUAUAUAAUGCUGUUGUGUAAUGUAAUUUUUCAUAAUCCAUUGUGGCUAGUAUAGGAGGUCAAUUUAAUUUGUGAUUUGUAUGUGAUAAUGUAGUAUAUUAUGUAUUUAAUUUAACAUAUGUAACAUAAAAUAUUGUUAUAAUUUAUUUUAAAAUUAAUUACAUUAGUUACAUAUACUAUUCUAUGAAUGUGCAUUAUACCGACAGUUUUAAGGGUU